CGCCCUACUCUAUAAAGAACCAAACCCUAGCAUCCUCCCUUCCGCCUCGCAGUCAUCCCCCGAGAAGGAGCCGCCGCCGCCGCCGCCGCGCAAAGCCGCUUCGACGCCGUUAGUCCUCCUCGGGGCGCAGCCAUGGUGGCCGCAAAGAAGACGAAGAAGUCUACGGACAACAUCAACAACAAGCUGCAGCUUGUGAUGAAGAGCGGCAAGUACACGCUCGGCUACAAGACUGUCCUCAGGACCCUCAGGAACUCCAAGUCAAAACUAGUGAUCAUUGCUAACAACUGCCCUCCGCUCCGGAAGUCUGAAAUUGAGUACUAUGCUAUGCUGGCUAAGGUCACAGUCCACCACUUCCAUGGAAAUAAUGUUGACCUGGGAACAGCCUGUGGAAAAUACUUCCGUGUCUGCUGCCUCAGUAUUAUUGAUCCUGGUGAUUCUGAUAUCAUCAAGACUACGCCAGGUGAGCAGUAACGAAGCCACACCAGUUCCUCUUCUCGGCACCGGGCUUAUGAACUGUUUUAGUGUUGUAGUGGAUCUUGCUGGACUCGUUCUUUAUUGUGUUCCACAGCAUUUAUAUGCCAGUAAAACAGAGUCCUCGGGAAACAUUGUCUUCGAUUGAAAAUUUUGUUAAUGGCAUUUGGCACUGUUGAAUGGAACAUUUGGCUGAAUGUGCCUGGAUCAGAGCUGUUAUACUUUUCUUUUUCCUUUACUGUCAUUCCUUAUUAUCUUUAUA